AUGGACAUCCCGCCGCUGGCCGGCAAGAUUGCGGCUGUGUCGCUCGGCGCCCUCCCGGUGUCCUACGUGCUCAACCACGUCUCAGCGCUCUCGCACCCCCUGUGGGUGGCAUUGAUGAGCACCUUGAUCCUGGGUCUGCUCUUUGUGGCCAUCUACGUCUUGUCUGGUAGCGAGAUCUCCUAUGAUCCGCUCUAUGCUGUCUUUGCAAUCUUUGCCUUCACCUCCGUGGUGGACCUCAUCAUCGCUCUCCAGGAAGAUGGCUACGUGGUGGGCUUCAUGGAGUUCUAUACCAAGGAGGGUGAGCCAUACCUGCGCACAUCGCAUGGAAUCUUCAUCUGCUACUGGGAUGGCACGGUUCACUACCUCCUCUACCUGGCCAUGGCAGGUGCCAUCCAUAAAAGAAAGAGAUACCGGAAUCUUGGACUCUACUGGCUGGGUUCCUUCGCCAUGAGCAUCCUGGUGUUCCUCCCAGGAAACAUUCUUGGCAAAUACAGCUCAGAGCUUAGACCCGCCUUCUUCCUUGCCAUCCUCUACCUGCUGGUGCCGUGCUGGGCUGGCAGGAGGGUCUUCAGCCAGUCUCGGGCACCAACCUUCUGUACGCCCAACAUGGUGCAGGAAGAGCAACGAAAGGGCCUUCUGCAGCGCCCUGCUGACCUGGCCCUCGUCAUAUACCUCUUCCUUGCUGCAUUUUUCACCCUUUUCCGGGGCCUGGUGGUGCUUGACUGCCCCACGGAUGCCUGCUUUGUUUACAUCUACCAGUAUGAGCCAUACCUGCGGGAUCCCGUGGCCUAUCCAAAGGUGCAGAUGCUGAUGUAUAUGUUCUACAUUCUGCCCUUCUACGGCCUGGCCACCUAUGCCCUCACCUUCCCCGGUUGCUCCUGGCUGCCUGACUGGGCCUUGGUGUUUGCUGGAGCCAUUGGCCAGGCACAGUUCUCACACAUGGGCGCUUCCAUGCACCUGCGCACACCCUUCACCUACCGUGUGCCAGAGGAUGCCUGGGCCUGCGUCUUCCUGUGCAAUCUACUGUAUGCUCUGGGUCCUCAUCUGCUGGCCUACCGCUGCCUGCGCUGGCCAGCCUUCUUCUUGGACCCACCACCCCCAGAUGCCCUGGCCCACAAGAAGCAGCAAUGA